UUGUUUCAGCAACAGAUCAAAGGCCCACGCUGAGCUCUGCUGGCUGGCACCCAUCUCUCAGCCGCCCUUGUAAUAUAUCAUCCACUGUUGCUGCUGACUUUCCCAUGCAAUAUGCUAAAUCUGUUACAGUUCCAGAAGACCUUUCAUCAGAGGAAAAGGAGGAACUCUUGAAUAUAAGACGCAGGAAAAAGGAGCUUAUAGAUGACAUUGAGAGGUUGAAGUUUGAAAUUGCAGAAGUGAUGACAGAAAUUGACAAUUUAACGUCUGUAGAAGAAAGCAAAACUACACAGAGGAAUAAACAGAUUGCUAUGGGAAGAAAAAAAUUUAAUAUGGACCCAAAAAAGGGUAUCCAAUUUCUUUUAGAAAAUGACUUAUUACAGAACACACCAGAAGACAUAGCGCAGUUCCUUUACAAAGGAGAAGGCCUGAAUAAAACUGUCAUUGGUGACUACUUGGGAGAAAGGGAUGAUUUUAAUAUCCUUGUUCUUCAAGCAUUCGUUGAACUCCAUGAGUUUGCAGAUCUGAAUCUCGUCCAAGCACUAAGACAGUUUUUGUGGAGUUUCCGGUUGCCAGGUGAGGCCCAGAAGAUUGAUCGGAUGAUGGAAGCUUUUGCAGCACGUUACUGUCUGUGUAACCCUGGAGUGUUUCAGUCCACAGAUACAUGCUACGUCCUAUCUUUUGCCAUCAUCAUGCUGAACACCAGUUUACAUAAUCCCAACGUAAGGGACAAACCGGCAGUAGAGCGAUUUAUAUCUAUGAAUCGUGGAAUUAAUGAAGGUGGAGAUCUUCCAGAAGAAUUAUUAAGGAAUUUGUAUGAAAGUAUUAAGAAUGAACCCUUUAAAAUCCCAGAAGAUGAUGGGAACGACUUGACGCACACGUUCUUCAACCCUGAUCGAGAGGGCUGGCUCCUGAAAUUAGGAGGAAGAGUAAAAACGUGGAAACGCAGAUGGUUCAUCCUGACUGAUAACUGCCUCUAUUACUUUGAAUACACAACGGAUAAAGAGCCAAGAGGAAUAAUUCCUCUGGAAAACCUGAGCAUUAGAGAAGUUGAAGAUCAACGAAAACCGAACUGUUUUGAGUUAUAUAACCCUAGCCAUAAAGGCCAAGUCAUAAAAGCAUGUAAAACAGAAGCUGACGGGAGAGUAGUUGAAGGCAAUCAUGUUGUGUAUAGAAUAUCGGCACCUACUCCUGAGGAGAAGGAAGAAUGGAUAAAGUCCAUAAAAGCGAGCAUCAGCAGAGAUCCCUUCUAUGACAUGCUUGCAACAAGAAAGAGAAGAAUUGCAAACAAGAAAUAACCCAGGCUAGGAUUGAGCAUCCUACAAGAUUUUCUGAAAGUAUCUCAUGGUCAAGUCAAUGGACCAACUUUACCCUGGACUUCUUUUGCCAAAAUGGCUCCACAAGGAUCGGGUGGGGUGGGUGUCUCCCGAUACUGAAUAAUUAGUAUCAAUCCAGUCAUUGAUUUUUUUAUAAGCAGGUUCCUGCAAUAUUUUGCUUUUUUGUUUCAUUUUUGUUUUAAUUUUAAAUUCAGACAUGGUUCACGCGAAGAUUAGAGAACAUCUUAUAAAAGACGUCUCAUUAUAUGUAAAUAUUUCCCAAUACAUUGGCAACCAAAACACUAAAUCUCUAUAUUUCUAGUGGAGAACUCUAUGAUUUAAUCUUCAUUCAAUCAAGUAUUUGCUAGAUUGGCAGCUAUAUAGGUGGUACGGAUUACAGUGGACCAGACAAGCUGCGAGCAUAGCAUUGCAUGUUGGUUUUGUUCGUCACAGGAACCUUCUAGCUCUCCUGACUUGUAUCUUGCCGGGAGCAAUUUUUGCCAGUAUAUCCUCUUGAUUGUAUUUUGCUGCUUCUCAGACAAUGGGAUUGGCUUGCUUCAGCAGCCAAACUUGUCUUGGAAUAGCCACUAAAUAUAAAAUCUAUAAGCUAACUCGUCCUCUGUACAGAUUUCCUUUGAUAUGAUAUAUAAAACAUAUAUAUGUAUGUAUGUAUAGGCUGAUGCCAGCUUAUGGUGACUGUAUUUGUAAUAGUUAUGGCAGUGGGACACCAUACCUGUGCCUGGGAAGAACAAGAAGGUGUUAUACUGUACAGUUGUUUUCCAGAAGGACGAUUGCAGCCAUGCAUGAUCCAACAACGCAGUAUCUACUCUGCUGCACUGGUUUGAAGUCGAAUGCAAGAGGAAAUACAAAUCCUGCCUUAAACAAUCUAGUCAUUGAUGUCUUUUUAGGUGUAAUUUGCCUAAGGGCAGCUGAUGCCUUUUUUUAUGUCUACUGUUUAGUCUGUCAGAUGUUUCAACAAGGCGCAGGUUCACAAACAGUAUUUCAUAGUCCUUUGACAUCACUCCAGUCAGCUCAGAUAGAAGGGGGUUAUAUUUCAUUCAUAGACCUCAUUUGAGUCUUCUUUAUUUCAUUUAUCAUCUAUGAACAUAUACAGAAUAUAUAUGAACAUAUAAAGACCAUAUGCAAGUCUCACUUAUUGUGUGGUCCUAAUGAGUUCUUGCCACAGGAGGCCUCUUUGUCUGGGUAAUGUUCAAGGUUGGGGAGGGGGUUAUAUUUUAAGGUAGCCGCAUGUAAAAAUGGUAGGUAAACAAAUAAACCAAGGCAUUCAGCAAAGGUUUAGAAGGAGAAUCACAUGAGCAUCUGGAGAAGAGCCAGGAGCAAAGCUGUUGUCCUUAGAAAGUUAGACUAUUUGGGUAAAGUGGAGGUAUUGUCAUUCGCAACCAACGCUAGCAGAGGCAAAAAAAUGUAAGCAACUCCAGUUUUUAUGACUAAAGUCCAACCAUCUAAAGAUUUUGCUUGUUCAACCCCUUCUUUGUUCAAGGGCAUAUUUAGCCACUAUUUUGUGCAUUCUUAUAUAGUAAAACCUGUAUUCUCGUAUAACAGUUUUAGCUGUGUCCCAAGUAGAAA